AUGCUCUCCUGCUCCUUCUGUGAAGAUGGUCUGGAGCUAGAAAGCCAUCUUCACUACAGAGCUUUCCAGCCGUUACGCAGUCGCGCCGCCGCUUGACCCAUUCCGAAAUCGCGAUCUGAAACCUCAUAAAGUUCCUUCCUUCUGCUCAAAUUUUUCCCAAUGCGAAAAACGUCCAAUCCUCUCCUGCUCCUUCUGUGAAGAUGACCCUGAGGCGGCGGUCAAAUAAUGCGUGAUUAGCGUGUGGCUCUGUUUGUGCUUGUUGCUACUCGGCGCGUUCCGUUCCCGAGUUGGAGCUCAUUUUCGGGCCGUUCGUAUAGCGAAGGAGCACUACUUAUCCUCACUUUCCGAAUUUGUAGGAACCACGGAGGAGCGCGCCACGGCGGCUUGAUGCGCCCCCCUCAGAACAUCACACAGUUUCCGGCCCUCGACCACGAACCACGCGGACACGGUUCGUUCAUUUAUCAUUUAUUUGUUGAUAGGAUCUUCAAAAAACUUGUAGGAGUCAGGGAUAUUGAUUUCUUGUCAUUUUUUGAUAAAUUCGUAGCUAAAAACUGUGAGAUGUUGAGGAUGUUCACCAGUCGGUUUUUAAUUUUUUACGAGAAAAAGGUUGUUUUGAUUUUCAAAAGGUAGUUCAGGUUGUGAAAAUUUUAAUUUUUGAAAAGCUGUCUUGAGUCCAAAAUUAAUGAUAUCUUGCUAAUUUCUAUAAUCUAUUCAAGGCUUAAGCUAACUGUAGAAGGCUGAGAUAUUAUAUAGAAAACUGUAAUUUUUUUUUGUUUGAGAAAAUUGAUUGAUUCGAUGAACUAGUUGAAGUUAGUAAGUUGCUCCACCCAUUUUUUUGCUAUUUUAUAGCUGGAAACAGGAUUUUUCUAAUGUGAUUAGGCUUUCCAGUUCUUAAAGUAUUUUUCUUGAUUAUCCUCAUUUUUUGACAGCUUUUUUUCUUCUUCAGAAGUAUGUUGCUUGAUUCAUAUGUGAUUACGAAUUUCAGAAGAAAUCAAAACAUGGAGAAUGAAUUUAGUUGAUUUUGGUAAUUAUUUAUAAUUUUUCAACUAUUUGGAAGUUUACUAAAGUUUAAAUAUCAUUUUUUUAAAAAAAGCUAUUCAUCCUUUUUUACCAGGGUUAGUAAAAAGGGAUGCCAACUCAACACCCUGAGCUCCAUUUUCUAUUCUUGAAAUUUUUUACUUUGAUUUUUGGUCAUUAUAAUCAAAAUUGAUAUUCCGUUGUCUUGAACCUUGAAGCUUUCGUAAAGCAGAGCCGAAUAGUCAUGCAAACAGUGCGGCUUCUCCUUGUCUUCUUCCUUCCUUCAUCUUUUGAGGCGUUUUGCAUAAGUCGCGCAGCGAGGGAGAGAGUUCGUGUAUGUGCAAUGUACAAACACACUCGAUAUGUUAUGCACAUACAUGUACACUGACAGGAAGACAGACGGAACGGUCGGUUGAUUCGGUUGGCUGCCCGCCAAACGCUCAUUACCUUUUUUUUAAUAAUGGGAACUGAAAGUUUUUAGACUGAAACCGCGACGGGUUGAGCCAUUCUACAUUUGACUUACUAGGGAACGUUUUUUACCCCCCGGUUGAAUCUUUUGCUGAAAUGUACUUUAGAACCCCCUGAUUCCAGAACAGAAAGAAAAUUUCUCGCAAUAAAUCUCGUUUUCGAGUUAGGACACUUCAAAAUAGCGCUUUUUGGCCUAAUUUGCGUAUUUUGCACACUUUGAAGCUUCAUAACUCGGAAACAAGAUCUAUUGCGAGAAAUUUUCUUUCUUUUCUGAAAUCAGGGGGUCCUAAAGUACACUUCAACAAAGUUUCAGCAAAAGUUCAACCCGGGGUAAAAAACGUUCCCUGGUUGAAAUUCUUCAUUUUCGGAUUUAGUGGCCUCUAGUUUUUUUUUCAAUAGAUAUACUGAGAAAAUCAUGCAUUGUUUGGAUGAAAUCACUGGAAACGGUAGUAUACUCGGCUCGCAACAGAUUUUAAAUCUCUGGCCGCACGGAGAAUGGCUCAAGGAGUUUUGAGGCGAAUUGAGCCAUUCCCAAUGCGACCAAAGAACUUCAAACUGUGGCAAACAGAGUUUCAAUGUUGGGACAUUACUACGGAGAAAAAACCCAUAAUUGGGACAUGACUACGAAAAUUUUCAGUAAAAACGAGAAAAAUUAAUUUUCAUUUUUAUUUUUUAGAGUAAAAAGUAUGGUUCGAACAGAAAUUUGAAGUGCUCAGGUUACGCCUUUUUACAUGUUAGCGUUACUAUCAAAGCCAUCGAACACUCUCGAAUCUUGACUUGACACGUUCUUGCCGCCAACAUCUUAAUAGAGACACCUGUACUCGCGAAGACGUCCUUCUAAUCCCUGGCGGCGGCAGCCAUUUGCCUUAUUGAGGGCAGCUGCCUCGUUUUUAGUCUUUACCUGCUUCUCUGUAUCUUUGUGUCCGUUCGGUGGGGCAGUAUAUGUUGUUUGUUGACCGAGUGUCGGAUGGCGGUUCGACGGACUCAGAGGCCAGAAGAGCCACUGUAACUGAACGCUUCUUGACGUCAGGGGAGCUUGAAUUCGUGAAAGGCGACAACUUUUGGGGAAAAGCUUAGAAAUUAUCUUAAUUUUUUUUUGCCUGUUGAUUUCAAUUUUCCGACUGUUGUUACUGAAUGCGUCAGUUUUUGCGGAUACUACGAAAAAUGGAAAAUUUGAGGGGAAGGGAGAACAAAAUGUGUACAGCAAAAGGGCAGGAAUGCUCACACAUUAUGUAGUUUCGUUUAGAAAUAACUUCUUUUCUCUUAGCAAUCUAAUUUUUCGAUAACUUUUUUUCACUUGUCAGAAAAUUAGGGCAUCUUUUCAAUUGAUUACUCUGAGGGUUUUUUUUUCACGCUGAUAGAUAUUUGAAAGUCAUUCUCUCAUUGACAUUAAUACGAACUGAAACUUGGCGUUUUCCAUUUUUAUGGGGAGUAAGAGAUUAUUUAAAUUUUUUUCUAACCGGAAUUUCUGAUUAAAAUUUCACUUCAAAAAUAAACUGUUCAACAAACUAAUAAAUUGAAAAACGAAAUUGAUUUUUCAGGACCACCUCCUUCCUAUCGUACUUCAGCGGCCACAGAAGACUCCUGGAGCACGUUUUCCGGGUCCAAUCGUAAGUUGAAUUGAUUUCCCAGUAGGACAGCCUGAUUUUUCACCAGUCGAAAACUGCGCAAUUUUCUUUUCAAUAAAUGUAUGACGCCUCAAAGGCGCCAAAAAUCUUCUUUUUUUAACCGAAAUUGUCGAUAUCUUAUUUUGAGGCGUUAGAAAUCUAUGAAAAUCGCUUUUUUGUCUUUUUUGGAACCAGCGUGUUCUGGGCGAAUUUUCAUCAAAACUUCAAACUGACAUAUUUUGUCCUUCCCUUUUCAGUGUCUUCAAAUCACCCACUUAAAGUACUGAAAAAUGUCCUACUCCCUAUAUUUUUCAGCCUCUUCAGAAGCCAUGAACAAGCAAAGACGGAGCAGUUGGUCGAACCUGGUCGACGUCGGCGAUCCGACCAACAACGCCAAAAAUCCGCAGGCUCAGAAGCAACCAGUAUUUUUACGAAAAAAAACUCAGAAAAUGAAAAUUGUUCAGCCGCCGCGUCCAAAUCCGCCACCAACCAACUAUUCUGGCUCCAGGACGUCAUCUGAAAUGGGCAUCGUUUCCGACAUCUUCACCACGUACACUGUGAGAGUUUAUAAAUUCCUUUCUGAGAAUCGCUUCGAAAAUGCUUCCGCAACCCCUUAGAAGAUCUAGGUAUAACCUUUAGGGCCAUAGGACGCCGAUCAGCGAGGCCAUUACCUUCAUUGGCCAUUCCAAAACGGUUAGGAGUUUUGGAGGACGACGCUCCGUCGACUACGGUAGUUAGCUAUGACUAACAAUUCUCCGUUCUAAUUUACUAACUUUGAAUUACUGUAAAUAGGAAUAGAUCGAUGUGGCGUGGCUUUUUUGAUGUCAAGUUAGGUAAAGCUUUCAGAAUAAGUUUGAAAAUUUCGUAGAGUUUUAAUCAUGACUCAAUUUUGAUUCUGAGUUACCUUAUUUGGAGAUUGAUAAUUUUUUUGAGAAUAGUUAAAGUUUCAGCUUGUAUACAUGUUUACUAUUUAUUGUUCAAUGUGAAAUGGAUCAUGGGGUUUUUUUCUGCGGUUUUUCUUUUUAUCGAGACUCUAAACCCUAAGAAAUUUUAAAAACCAAUUAUUCAGUACCGUAACUGAUGAUAGAAUAGACUUCAGUGACGCGGUCGUGUUUUUUUUUCUCCUUCCAGAAUUUUUUUGAUUUUGGACCUCAUCCAGUUUCAUGAUAUUUCAGCUUGGAAAUAAUUUUUGGGUCGAAAAAGCAGGCACAAAGUUUCGAAUUUCUGCCCUAAAAUAAAAAGAAAAAAAAACAACAAUGCAAAUAGCCGAAAGAACAAGAACAAGCACUCGAAAGCUGUCAAAAAGCCCCCCCUUUCCGUUCCCUAGUUGUUCAACCGCUACCUAAAUUCCAACUGACUUUUCAUGCUGAAAUUUAAAUUUCCGCCUGACUUUAGAACAGAAAAGGUUUUGUUUACGGAGAAUGGAGCUCAAUUUGUCAUCGGAGUAGUAUAGUUCACUUAUAAAUGCUUGAAACAAAGAAUAUUUCUUCAAAUUCGUGAAGAAUUUGAGAAAAAAAAUUGAAAUUGGUUUUUCAAAUCCCUUUUGAAACAUUGUUCGAAGUGCAGCGAGGCUUGAAUGAACACUGAGAAGAUCAUCGUUUCACGAAUUUUUUUCAUUAUUAUUACUAUAUGCUCCUUAAAACUUCCCGUUACUGAAAGCCUAGACAUUUAUAUUUGAUCUCACUAUUUUUUUAAUGGUUUCCCAUUUUUUUCAAAGCGCAGAAAAAGCUUCAAAAAAAUCCCUCUAUAUACUAUGCUAUGCUCCUUGAUAGCGAAAGUUGAUUGAAAAACAAAAAUUUAGUUCAGAAAUUGUUAACUUUUGUUUUAGAAGUUACUUGUUUUCUCUAGGGAUCUUUUUUUGAAAAGUAGAAAAAAAGAGGGACAAUGUUUGAGGAGCGAAUUUCCUUUUGUUCGUCCCGGAUUGAAAGUUACCUGGUCGUGACCUUUAGUUUUCAAAAACAAGAACAGAUUUUUUUUUUAUAACUUAAGAUUCUGUAGAUAUCCUUUUGAUGAGUUAAUUUCCAGGGUCAACCAGCGCCACAGAGAGUUUAUGCGGUUGAUCCCCGGCUGGUUUCGAUUCCACGACCUGCCGGUACCUUGCCGUCGCAUAGUGUUGCUGGAUCAAGGUAUUUUACGUUAGAAUCAGCUUUUAAGGGUGAUGAGAUUAUCAUAUCUGGUUGGGCUUGAAAGUUAUGAAGUUUGAAAACCAAUAAAGGAAAUAAUGAUUCAAAUCAAGUUCGAACUAGGCGGAUUUUUUUCAGAUUUUUCAAAGUUUAUAUGGAAGCUUAUCACCUAGGUGCACCUUAGCUUCCGAUUGAUAAUAAUAUCGUCGAAAAUCUGUUGAGAAUGAACAACGUUACAAAAGUUUUUAUUUUUAAUUUAAAUUUUGUCAAGUUUUAUUUCAAUAAGCUUUUUCUUUCUUCUUCUUCCUUUUUUCAAUUCUAACUUUUUCGAAUAAUUUUCUAAAUUCGCAUUUCUUCGGCAAGCCAAACAUAAUACACGCGUCACUUGGCGUCCACCGCCGCAGUGAACCGACAGGCCGUCGAUAGCUCAGUUGGUAGAGCGGAGGACUGUAGAGCAGUGGGUAUCCUUAGGUCGCUGGUUCGAAUCCGGCUCGACGGAGUUUUUUUUGCUUUUUUUCUAGUAGCUUUUUUUUGAACUAUUCCACGUUUGAAUUUACUUUAGAGGAGUUUGGAAUGCAUUUUCAUUUGCUAGACAACUUUUAGGCGGAAUUUUGACGAUGUGAAUGAAUUUUAAGAAAAAGUCAGAAAAGGCUUAUCGAAAAUUCAUAGAGGAACCCAUUUUGAUCGCUUCAGCCUUAAUUUCAAGUUAAAGUCAUGAGGCUGAAAUAUUGCAGACCAUUCUCAGAAACGUUCAUGUCUUUUUCAAGCUUUUCUGAAAUUUUUUCGUAAUUUUUUUCAUUUUUUCAGAGCGCCAUCAAUAAUUGCGGCUCCAAUCGUCAGUCCUGGGUCAAAAACCGUCAAGACUUCGGUUUCCAUCGCCUCAACUGAGAAGAAAAGGAACCGACUUCAAGAUAUUUUGAAAUGGUAUAAUGAAUGUUUUGAAAAGUUUCAAGAAAGUGAUUUUCAGGAUAAAAAGACCGCGGAAUGUGCUUUGCUGUAUGUGUCUGUUGUUGUUGAUUAUCAUUGCCGUCGUGAUUGCGAUCGUUUUGUCGCAAGUUCUCCCGCUGCCCAAGGUUUGUGAUGAGGAUGAACUUUUGAAACAGUUGUAGGAAUCGAUUUCAGAACGCUACUUUCAACUGGAGCCCACCAAACGGCAUCGGAAACGGACAGAAUGUGACGUCAAAUAUUCAAAUGUCGACGCAACAAAACAAUCGGGUAAUUAUUCUUUAGAAGAAUUCCUAUAAAUUCAAAGGAUAACUCUCUAUAACUAGAAAUAAAGUCAGAAAAAUGGAAAGCCACUGAAUUUCAAGUUGUUGCUUUCAAGCUCCGCCCCCCAGAUGAAAAAAAAAAAUUAUGAGAGGCCAAAAUUGUAUUUAGUACCUGAACUUUUGGUAUAGUCUGUUCAGAUUUCAAAUGUCAAGUUUGUUUAGGGCAUUUUUCUCGCGUUUCGGAACACGUUUUAUUGCUUCCGAUGCCACUCAAAAAUCUAUUUUUUCUUCUAAAAAUGUCCUUACAUAUUUCUUCUUCAGAUACGCUUCGCACUGCAAGGCUCGGCACCCUUCAAAGGCAAUUUCAUCAAUUAUUACGAUUUCAACACGGUUUUUCGUCAUUUUCUCACGAUUGUUGUACAAAAUUGAUUCAGAAUCAAGCGAUUGUUGUCGACCAGGGUCUUCAAGCCAACGGCCGAAAUCUGUACUGUUUUGUGGUGCCAAUGGAUCAUCAGUCGAUGCCCAAUGAGCAGGAUGUCAGAAGGGCCGCAGUGAAUUCUGUCCCGGUUAGUUUUUGCUUUCUGGUAAUUUUUUACAAGGGAAAAAGAACCUAUCCAUAAAAAAGGUUGAGAAAUUAGAGAUGAAAAAUGAAGUUUCUAGUUUGAUAAAGAAAUGUUAGAAAUUUUCCAGAGAAGCAAAAUGAUGGACGGCUGGAUGGAGAACUGGAAUUGGAUCCCGUCGCCGCUUCAAGCUGGGGUACCUUUUUGAAAAAAAGGCUUAUUCAAUGGAAUGUUUUCAAUAUUCAGUCCUCUUUCAAUCCGCCGAUUCCUGAGUGUCAAGGAGCUCGAAUUGUUCAGCUACAGCCGACUGGAGAUCAGAGAAGUGAGCAUUUUCAAAGUUUGGGAAGAAUGAAUUGGAAUAAUAUUCGAUUUUUACAACAUACUGCAAGACAGAAGGGAGAGAAUAAGCUAGAGAUCACAGUAGUCUGAAGAGACGCCAGACAGCGAGAGUCUUCUGACUUCUCUGUCGUCUCCUCAGACUUUUUCCAGCCCUACGGACCUAAAAUAAAUUGUAUCCAAACCAUACAUAGGAUAAGCAUGACUGGCGACAGCCAAGGUUCUUUACUUCCGAUCACUUUUGACUUAGAAAAAAUCGCUUCUGUCAAUCAGUUAAGCUUUACAAAAUGAACUUUUUUUUUUUUUUAUACAUGAACGUUUGAUUUUUUUAUAAGAUCGGACUAGAGCCGGUCCAGCGCGCGCUCUGAGAUUGUUUAACGCUUUUUGCCGACCCCCCUUAUUUUUCUCGUUUUUGCCAAGUCCCUUCCCUUUUUAGGUCACUCCCCGACUAUCCCAUGUAUGAUCCAAACUUGCAAUGACUUUAAAGAAAACAUAAACUUUUCUGAGUUAUAAUUUGGACUGAAAUUCCACUUUCAAAAUUUCCGACCUUUUCAAGACCGCCGCUGCACGGACUGCUACGACUUCUGCCUGCCCGAUUACGGAGUGAUGCGAGAUCAGAGAAAGAAUGAGAACUAUUUGAAUAUUGUCCGCCGUAACUGCUUCUACCUGUUUGUACCUGAAUGGAGAACCUACGCCCAAGCCAGCACCAUUGAGCAGGUUCGUUUGGUUUCUUCGUUUUAAAUUGGAAUUAGAAGAAGAAGGAUCUUGUAUCUUUCACUAUAAUUACGAAGAAGAGAUCUAUCUAUUCAGUUUUUUUAAGUUUGAAAAUCGAAAGCGAGUAAAGUUCCAGCUUAUAAAUUUCAAAAAAGUCUUUUUUUUUCUCGGAACAUCUCCAAUGAGUGAUUUUCAACAAUUCAGAACCAACAAGACUUCGACAACUACUACCGGACGCGUCAGCACAUGCAGGUCAACUACGGCGCCGGGACUGGACCGAAUGAAAGUCGUUGGAUUUCCCUGGGAACUGUUCCGAGUCAGUGACUUCUCCGUUUUCAGCUUGUUUUAUUUUGAGCAAGGUCGACUGGAAGUGAAGUAAACAAAUGAUAAGAAAAGACAAGUAAUUGAACUUUUGUAACUUUUGUAAGUCAAUCCUUGUACUUGCCCACGUAAGAUCGGAAGUGCCAAUUACUAAUAUCUGCAUUUUCCAGAAACAAUCGGCAACGCGACCGGAAACUUUGUCGGCGCGAUCGGACAGGCGGCCACCGACUUCAGACAGCAAGUCUUCGGAGGCGGCUCGAAUCAGCCACAGCCACAGAGCGGAAUCAUCCCGCCUUCGGUGUCUCAAGGCUAUCCCGGACAGCAGAACUACGGACCCAACUCGAACACAAACUCGGCUUUCGGUCCAAACAGUCCUGGCUACAAUCCAAACCAGCCGAAUAAUGGAUAUGGGGGUCCGAAUGGAUUUGGGUCAGUGGCUCGAAAGAAUAUUGACAAAGGUUCAAAUAAAACCGAAAAAUUUGAUUCAUUGAAAAAAUAUGGAAAGAAAAAGUUAUAUUUUGGUAAGCAGUGUAAUCAUCUGAAAUUUCCGAUUUUCCAUGCAGCGCAUUAAUAUUUUAAGGAGUAUCAACUUUAGAUGCUGUUUCCACUGUUUAUUUCUACGCACUUUUUCGGAAAAAAAAUUUUCAAAACACGGUACGAAAACUUUCUCUCAAUGUUGUCCCUCAGUUUCUUCGUCAAACUCUGACUUAUUUCAGAAAUGCCGUUGUACAAGGCCAGGGCUAUCAUCCUACAGUCAGUGGCGUCGUCAAUCUCAAUGGCGUCAACGGCAACAGCGGCUCCAACGAGUACAAUCGCAAUUCUGUUCGUUUGUUUCGAGUCCUAACAUUUCUUUGAACCUGGUCUGCAACUCUUUAGAGCUGUUAAGAAGGGUCUCAUUAUACUGUAUGACGCAUUUAAACCUUUAUAGUUCAUUUAAGGUGUGGGGAGAACAUUAUUAGAUCUCAAAACGACAAGUAAAACCUCUUUUAAACCAAAAAAAAUCAAUAACUUUUUUUCGAACAUUUUCGAAUUCGCAUUUUCAUAAUUUCUAGGCCUUCACGGCUAACAACGGCGAAGGCUACGGCUCCAAUUAUCCCACUGGAUCGAACCCCAACAAUCUGAACUCGAAUCUCAAUAGCGGCUACACGGGUCCCAAGUGAGUUUUCCACUGAAAAAAAAACCAAAAACUAUCAAUUUCAAGCACUCAAAUCUCUUCCGGAAACUCUGGUCCGAAUCCCACCCAAAUGAACGGAUUUGGCGCCCAGCCAAGCUAUAUGACCUCUCAGUACGGCUUCAAUGAGAAUGGGUAUAGAAAUACCUCAAAACUUCGAAUUUUAUUAGUAAUUUUGAAGCCAACCCAUUCCAAGGUCCAUCAGCGCCUUGGGUUACGGUGGUAGCUCUUCUGCGGCCAGCAGCAAUCCGGGCUACGGAAGCGCCAAUGUCAACUACAGUCCUGGAAGUCAGAGUAUUCCGCCGACUGGGUAAGUUGAUUGAAACGGGUGGUCGCAUUUGGAAUGGCUCGAAAAGCGGCUGUUUUCUAUGCGUUUUGAAGUUAUAUUUCAAUGACACCGUCCUUUGUUAGACUCUAUCUACUGGGACAAACCUUUGUUGUGCCACUCUAGAAAACCAUGGUCGCAUUUGGAAUGGCUUGAAAAGCUUUGCUAUUGCACUGCGUUUUCAUAAUCAUGCUCCUCGCGACAUGAGGCUUUUUGAAAACCUUCAACUUUUCUCAAUUAAAAGGAACUUUCCAGCGGCGUCGUCGCCGGCUCCAGCGGCGCGACCCUCAACGAGUACGGAAAUCCAGUCAGCUCGAGUGCCAACGGUCCCUACGGACAGCAGGGCGCCACGAUGACCAGCGGCUCAAGCUCCAACUUUGGCAGCGGCCACACCGGCUACAGCUCUCUCCAGUAUCCGUCCAACGCGAUGGGCGGCUCGGCGACCUCCGCCAGCAAUUCCCAACUACCGACCUGACAUGGCCGGCCAAGCCAGAGCCGUGAGUUUUUGCAGCUUAAGAUAGUGGUUCCUUUUUUUCGAAUUUCUCCUCGGAAAGAAUUGAUAGUAGAGAUGUAUUCAGCAAAAUCUGGUACUUCUUUUCAAGCUCUGGUCGGAAAUAAUGGAAGAGACUUCAAAUUUGGGCUUACAAUUUAAUAUUAAAGUCAUAGUUUCCGCCUAAAUUGAGAAAUUGUCUGUUUUUUGAUGAGGUUAACAAUGUUAUACCAUAUUCGCCACAACGUGAAACUUUAUGCGUCUCUUCUCUUUACUAGCGAGGUUAGAGAAGCUAAAUAAGCAUUUAAACACGAGAGGGUGCAGAGAAAUCAAAUCAAAUCAAAAUUAAAAAAUGACAUGACAAGCAGUGAAAGUGAGGAAAAUGGGGAGAUUUCAGGGCAGCCUAGGUCUAGCCAAUCCCACCGGCUACCAACCUAACGUCACUCCCGUCGACUACAACAUUCCAAGUUACAACCAAAUUCGACAGGACACGAUUGGCCGGCCGAGAUCCGUCCGCGUUGUAAAGGAUCAUUAA